AUGGAGACAUGUGACAUUGGACUAGCUGCCACCUAUCGUGAGAAAAAGGCAACUCAAUGGUUUAUUAAACAGUUAAUGGCCCUUCCAUUUCUCCCUUUAAAUGACAUCAAAGCCACGUUCCGGGCAAUGCAAGAAAAGGUUGAACCAUCUUCUUCUCUAAAGUCCCUCAAAGACUACUUGGAGAGACAGUGGAUUAGCAACGCAGUAUUCCCUAUUCAAGCCUGGUCCAUCUACAAGCAGGAGAUUCGUACCAACAACGAUAUCGAAGCUUGGCACGGAAACAUCGGAUAUUACCGCUUGAUUCCUCUGCUGCCGAAGGAGACUGAAAUUGUGCACGUCCAUGUUUCUGCGCAGGACCUCUCUCGUGAUGCAAGAACAACCAGCUCAAGGGUGGAGAAGAAAUUUCGGCAAGCUUGGGCGGACUAUGACUAUGAAAUAAUCACUACAAGCCACUUCCUGCGAAUUUGUGGAGAUGUCUAUGGUAACACUGAGUAA